AUGGAAUAUACCCUCGAGCCCAAUCGACCGAUGAAGCAUGUCGAUCGGAAAGCCUUGUACACCCGCCUAGAGGCGCGCAUCACUUACCUGCGAGACUUCCUAGACUUCAAUUCCGGUGACGUUGAAGCUUUGGUGGCAGGCUCCAAGUACAUCAAGGCCCUAAUCCCUGCCGUCGUCAACAUCGUCUAUAAAAAGCUUCUUGAAUCCGACAUCACCGCUCGUGCCUUCCACACCCGAGACACGGCUGAUAAUACCCCGGUUGAGGAGUUCUUCACAGAAGAUAGCCCCCAGAUUCAACGUCGGAAGAUGUUUCUGCGGUGGUACUUGAUCAAGCUGUGUUCCGAUCCUUCCCAGAUGGAAUUCUGGCGGUACUUGAACAAAGUUGGAAUGAUGCACACUGCACAGGAACGUCUGUACUCGCUCAACAUCGAAUACAUCCACAUCGGCGCUUGCCUCGGCUUCAUCCAAGAUAUCUUCACCGAAGCCCUCAUGUCACACCCCCAUCUGUCUCUCCCUCGCAAGACGGCCCUCGUCCGAGCCAUCAGCAAGAUCAUCUGGAUCCAGAACGACCUGUUCGCAAAGUGGAGGAUCAGAGACGGUGAGGAGUACGCUGAUGAGAUGUCGGAGAUCCUCGUGGAUGAAAAAGAAGGCUACCUGGGCGAAAAGAAGAUCCUAGGUGACAGCAGUGCCUCUGCAAGCUCGAGUGAGGAUGACCGCUCUAGUGUCCAUAGUGGCACGAUCCCUAGUACAGCCUCGGCAUGUCCAUUUGCAGAUAUGGCAAAGCCCGCGUCAGAGACCAAGAUUUGGGCCGGGUCCAACUAA